CCCCGUGGGUGAAUCCCCGCCGCGCCCCGGGGACCUCCCUCCGGGCGGGCGCCGCCGACCUGCAGCCCGGCCUGGCCCGGCACCAUGAGCCCCCCUCCCCUGACGCCGGGUCCCGGGCUCCUGGCCGGCAGCACUGCGGAGCCCCGGGGGCAGCGGGAGGUGGGGAGAAUGCCGCCUGGGGCGGGUGAGUUCGGGGCUGCGGUGUCGCUGGAAUUUCCCAUUGUCGCGCACAGUGGCGCGGCCCCCGGACCUGCGAGUGCCUCCUCCCUCUGGAGGUGUGCGGAGGCUUUGUGUGCCAGGUCCAAUCCGUACUGGGUGCAAUGAAAGCUCCACGCAGGCCUUACCAUGGAAGGCUGUGACUCGCCCGUCGUCUCGGGGAAGGACAAUGGGUGCGGUAUCCCUCAGCACCGGCAAUGGACUGAACUCAACAGCACCCACCUCCCCGACAAACCCAGUAGCAUGGAGCAGCCCACAGGCGAGAGCCACGGGCCCCUGGACGGCCUGAGGGCCCCCUUCAAUGAGCGCCUGGCGGAAAGCAGCGCGCCCUCGGCCGGGCCGCCCGCUGAGCCGGCCAGCAAGGAGGUCAGCUGCAACGAGUGCUCGGCCUCCUUCGCCAGCCUGCAGACCUACAUGGAGCACCACUGCCCGGGCACGCGCGCCCCGCCGCCCCUGCGAGAGGAGAGCACCAGCGACACCAGCGAGGAGGGCGAGGAGGAGAGUGAUGUGGAGAACCUGGCGGGCGAGAUCGUCUACCAGCCCGAUGGCUCCGCGUACAUCGUGGAGAGCCUGAGCCAGCUGGCCCAGAGCGGGGCGGCGGGCGGCAGCAGUAGCGGCAGCGGGCCUCUCCCCUCGCUCUUCUUGAACUCGCUCCCCGGGGCGGGGGGCAAGCAGGGGGACCCUUCUUGUGCUGCACCCGUCUACCCGCAGAUCAUCAACACUUUCCACAUAGCCUCAUCCUUCGGGAAAUGGUUUGAGGGCUCAGACCAGGCCUUCCCGAAUACCUCAGCCCUGGCGGGGCUCAGCCCCGUUCUGCACAGCUUCCGCGUUUUUGACGUGCGACACAAAAGCAACAAGGAUUACCUGAACAGCGACGGUUCUGCCAAAAGCUCCUGUGUAUCCAAAGAUGUUCCCAACAAUGUGGACCUGUCCAAAUUCGAUGGCUUUGUGCUCUACGGCAAGAGGAAGCCCAUCCUGAUGUGCUUCUUGUGCAAACUCUCCUUCGGGUACGUCCGUUCGUUUGUGACCCACGCGGUACACGACCAUCGAAUGACCCUGAGUGAAGAUGAGCGGAAAAUUCUUAGCAAUAAGAACAUCUCCGCUAUCAUUCAAGGGAUUGGCAAAGACAAAGAACCCCUUGUAAGUUUUCUGGAACCAAAAACCAAAAACUUUCAACACCCUUUAGUUUCCACAGCUAACCUCAUAGGCCCCGGACACAGUUUUUAUGGUAAAUUUAGUGGCAUUCGAAUGGAAGGGGAGGAGGCUCUCCCGGCCGGCUCUGCUGCCGGCCCCGAGCAGCCCCAGUCUGGUCUCUUGACCCCCAGUACCCUCUUGAACCUUGGCGGGCUCACCAGCUCGGUCCUGAAGACCCCCAUUACCUCAGUCCCCCUGGGGCCUCUGGCUCCCAGUCCUACCAAAUCCUCAGAGGGCAAGGACUCUGGGGCAGCUGAAGGAGAGAAGCAAGAAGUGGGUGAUCCCGAUUGCUUCUCCGAGAAAGCAGAGCCAGCCGAGGAGGAGGAGGUGGAGGAGGAAGAAGAGGAAGAAGAGGCGGAAGAGGAGGAGGAAGAGGAAGAGGAGGAAGAGGAGGAGGAGGAAGAGGAGGGCUGCAAAGGACUCUUUCCAAGUGAAUUGGACGACGAGCUGGAGGACAGGCCCUCCGAGGAGUCUGGGGCAGCAGCAGGUGGUAGCCGCAAAAAGGACCUUGCUCUCUCAAACCAAAGCAUUUCUAACUCCCCCUUAAUGCCUAAUGUGCUCCAGACCUUGUCGAGGGGCACAGCUUCUACUAGUUCUAAUUCUGCUUCUUCCUUUGUUGUCUUUGAUGGUGCGAACAGGAGGAAUCGUUUAAGCUUUAACAGUGAGGGCGUCAGGGCCAAUGUGGCAGAGGGCAGCAGGAGGCUGGACUUCGCUGAUGAAAGUGCCAAUAAAGACAAUGCCACAGCACCAGAACCAAAUGAAAGCACAGAGGGUGACGAUGGGGGCUUCGUCCCGCAUCACCAGCACGCUGGCUCCCUCUGCGAGCUUGGGGUUGGGGAGUGCCCUUCGGGGAGUGGUGUAGAGUGCCCCAAAUGUGACACGGUCCUGGGCUCCUCCCGCUCGCUGGGUGGCCACAUGACCAUGAUGCAUUCUCGCAACUCGUGUAAGACACUCAAGUGCCCCAAGUGCAACUGGCACUAUAAGUACCAGCAGACGCUGGAGGCACACAUGAAGGAGAAACACCCGGAGCCGGGGGGCUCCUGCGUCUACUGCAAAAGCGGGCAGCCCCACCCCCGGUUGGCACGAGGUGAGAGCUACACUUGUGGUUACAAGCCUUUCCGCUGCGAGGUGUGUAACUACUCUACAACUACCAAAGGCAACCUCAGUAUUCAUAUGCAGUCCGACAAGCAUCUCAACAACAUGCAGAACCUGCAGAAUGGCGGGGGGGAGCAGGUGUUCAGCCAUACUGCUGGGGCGGCGGCGGCAGCGGCAGCGGCGGCAGCUGCAGCAGCCAAUAUCAGUAGUUCCUGUGGGGCCCCCUCGCCUACCAAACCAAAAACCAAACCCACGUGGCGGUGUGAGGUGUGCGAUUAUGAGACCAACGUGGCUAGGAACCUCCGCAUCCACAUGACCAGCGAGAAGCACAUGCACAACAUGAUGUUGCUGCAGCAGAACAUGACCCAAAUCCAGCACAACCGCCACCUGGGCCUUGGCAGCCUGCCCUCGCCCGCGGAGGCCGAGCUCUACCAGUACUACCUGGCCCAGAACAUGAGCCUGCCCAACCUGAAGAUGGACAGCGCCGCCUCGGACGCCCAGUUCAUGAUGAGCGGAUUCCAGCUGGAGCCCGCGGGGCCCAUGGCUGCCGUGACACCUGCUCUAGUGGGCGGUGAGAUCCCCCUAGACAUGCGGCUUGGGGGCGGGCAGCUGGUGUCGGAGGAGCUGAUGAACCUGGGCGAGAGCUUCAUCCAGACCAACGACCCGUCCCUCAAGCUCUUCCAGUGCGCCGUCUGCAACAAGUUCACGACGGACAACCUGGACAUGCUGGGGCUGCACAUGAACGUGGAGCGCAGCCUUGCGGAGGACGAGUGGAAGGCGGUGAUGGGCGACUCGUACCAGUGCAAGCUCUGCCGCUACAACACCCAGCUCAAGGCCAACUUCCAGCUGCACUGCAAGACGGACAAGCACGUGCAGAAGUACCAGCUGGUGGCCCACAUCAAGGAGGGUGGCAAGGCCAACGAGUGGAGGCUCAAGUGUGUGGCCAUUGGCAACCCCGUGCACCUCAAGUGCAAUGCCUGCGACUACUACACCAACAGCCUGGAGAAGCUGCGGCUGCACACGGUCAACUCCAGGCAUGAGGCCAGCCUGAAGCUGUACAAGCACCUGCAGCAGCAUGAGAGCGGCGUGGAGGGCGAGAGCUGCUACUACCACUGUGUCCUGUGCAACUACUCCACCAAGGCCAAGCUCAACCUCAUCCAGCACGUGCGCUCCAUGAAGCACCAGCGCAGUGAGAGCCUGCGCAAGCUGCAGCGGCUGCAGAAAGGCCUUCCGGAAGAGGACGAGGACCUGGGGCAGAUCUUCACCAUCCGAAAGUGUCCCUCCACUGACCCAGAAGAAGCCAUUGAAGAUGUUGAAGGCCCUAGUGAGACAGCUGCUGAUUCAGAGGAGCUUGCUAAAGACCAGGAGAGUGGAGGCGAGAAAGACCAGAACAAGUGGACAGCCUCAUCCAGCCAAGCAGAGAAGGAGCUGACGGAUUCUCCUGCUGCCUCCAAACGCAUCUCCUUCCCAGGUAGUUCGGAGUCUCUGCUCUCUUCCAAGCGACCAAAAACAUCUGAGGAGCUCAAGCCAGAGCAGAUGUACCAGUGCCCCUACUGCAAGUACAGCAACGCUGAUGUGAACCGGCUGCGGGUGCAUGCCAUGACCCAGCACUCAGUGCAGCCCAUGCUCCGCUGCCCCCUGUGCCAGGACAUGCUCAACAACAAGAUCCACCUUCAGCUGCACCUCACCCACCUCCACAGCGUGGCCCCGGACUGCGUGGAGAAGCUCAUCAUGACGGUGACCACCCCUGAGAUGGUGAUGCCCAGCAGCAUGUUUCUCCCAGCAGCCGUUCCAGAUCGAGAUGGGAAUCCCAAUUUGGAAGAGGCAGGAAAGCAGCCUGAAACCUCAGAGGAUCUGGGAAAAACACUCUUGCCGUCUGCAAGCACAGAGCACGGUGGAGAUUUAAAACCCUCUUCUGCUGAUCCAGGCUCUGUAAGAGAAGACUCAGGCUUUCUCUGCUGGAAAAAGGGGUGCAACCAGGUUUUCAAAACUUCUGCUGCUCUUCAGACUCAUUUUAAUGAGGUGCAUGCCAAGAGGCCUCAGCUGCCUGUGUCAGAUCGCCAUGUGUACAAGUACCGCUGUAACCAGUGCAGCCUGGCGUUCAAGACAAUUGAGAAGUUGCAGCUCCAUUCUCAGUACCAUGUGAUCAGAGCUGCCACCAUGUGCUGUCUCUGUCAGCGUAGUUUCCGAACUUUCCAGGCUCUGAAAAAACACCUCGAGACAAGCCACCUGGAGCUGAGUGAGGCUGACAUCCAGCAACUUUAUGGUGGCCUUCUGGCCAACGGGGACCUGCUGGCCAUGGGAGAUCCCACCCUGGCUGAAGACCAUACCAUAAUUGUGGAAGAAGACAAGGAGGAGGAAAGUGACUUGGAAGACAAACAAAGCCCAACAGGCAGUGACUCUGGGUCAGUACAAGAGGAUUCAGGCUCAGAGCCCAAGAGAGCUCUACCUUUCAGAAAAGGCCCCAACUUUACCAUGGAAAAGUUUCUAGACCCUUCUCGCCCUUACAAGUGUACUGUCUGUAAGGAGUCUUUCACGCAGAAGAAUAUCCUGCUCGUGCACUACAAUUCUGUCUCCCACCUACAUAAGUUAAAAAGAGCCCUUCAGGAAUCUGCAACUGGUCAGCCAGAGCCCACCAGCAGCCCAGACAAUAAACCUUUCAAGUGUAAUACUUGUAAUGUGGCCUAUAGCCAGAGCUCAACUCUGGAGAUCCACAUGAGGUCUGUGUUGCACCAAACCAAAGCCAGGGCAGCCAAGCUGGAAGCUGCAAGUGGAAGCAGCAAUGGGCCUGGGAACAGUAGCGGUGUCUCCCUGAGCUCCUCCAUACCAAGUCCUGUGAGUACCAGUGGCAGUAACACCUUGACCACCACCAAUCCAAGCAGUGCUGGCAUCGCACCAAGCUCCAGUUUACUGAGCCAAGUGCCCACUGACAGCGUUGGGUUGCCGCCUCUAGGGAACCCUAUUGGUGCCAGCAUUGCUUCUCCUUCAGAGCCCAAGGAGACCAAUCGGAAGAAGCUGGCAGAUAUGAUUGCAUCCAGGCAGCAGCAGCAACAGCAGCAGCAGCAGCAGCAACAACAACAGCAGCAGCAGCAACAGCAGCAGCAGCAGCAAGCACAGACACUGGCCCAGGCUCAGGCUCAAGUUCAGGCUCACUUACAGCAGGAGCUGCAGCAGCAGGCCGCCCUUAUCCAGUCGCAGCUCUUUAACCCCACCCUCCUUCCUCACUUCCCCAUGACCACUGAGACACUGCUGCAACUGCAGCAGCAGCAGCACCUUCUCUUCCCUUUCUAUAUCCCCAGUGCUGAGUUCCAGCUCAACCCUGAGGUGAGCUUGCCAGUGACCAGCGGGGCACUGACACUGACAGGGACUGGCCCGGGCCUCCUGGAAGAUCUGAAGGCUCAGGUUCAGAUCCCGCAGCAGAGUCACCAACAGAUCCUGCAGCAGCAGCAGCAGCAGCAGCAGCAACAGCAGCAGCAGCAGCAACAACAACAGCAGCAGCAGCAGCAGCAGCAACAGCAGCAAAGUCAACUCACUCUGUCCCAGAGCCACUCUGCUCUCCUUCAGCCAAGCCAGCACUCAGAGAAGAAAAACAAAUUGGUCAUUAAAGAGAAGGAAAAAGAAAGCCAGAGAGAGAGGGAGGGUGUGGAGGGGGGAGAGGGCAACACGGGUCCGAAGGAAUUGUUGCCAGACACCUUGAAGGCCAAAGAAAAGAAGGAGCUGGCACCAGGGGGUGGUUCUGAGCCAUCUAUGCUUCCUCCGCGCAUUGCCUCAGACGCCAGGGGGAAUGCCACCAAGGCCUUGCUGGAGAACUUUGGCUUUGAGCUGGUCAUUCAGUACAAUGAGAACAAGCAGAAGGUGCAGAAGAAGAAUGGGAAGACGGAACAGGGAGAGAACCUGGAGAAGCUUGAGUGCGACUCCUGUGGCAAGCUGUUUUCCAACAUCUUGAUCUUGAAGAGUCAUCAGGAGCACGUGCAUCAGAAUUACUUUCCCUUUAAACAGCUCGAGAGGUUUGCCAAGCAGUACCGAGAGCACUAUGACAAACUCUACCCCUUACGGCCCCAGACCCCAGAGCCCCCGCCCCCGCCCCCGCCCCCNCCCCCACCCCCGCUUCCCGCAGCGCCCCCUCAGCCAGCCUCCGCCCCGGCCAUCCCUGCGUCAGCCCCGCCUAUCACUUCACCAACCAUCGCACCAGCCCAGCCUUCCGUGCCACUCACCCAGCUCUCUAUGCCGAUGGAGCUGCCCAUCUUCUCCCCACUGAUGAUGCAGACCAUGCCACUGCAGACUUUGCCGGCUCAGCUGCCCCCUCAGCUCGGCCCUGUGGAGCCUCUGCCCGCAGACCUGGCUCAGCUCUAUCAGCAUCAGCUCAAUCCAACCCUGCUCCAGCAGCAGAACAAGAGGCCUCGCACCAGAAUCACGGAUGACCAGCUCCGAGUGCUCCGGCAGUAUUUCGACAUUAACAAUUCCCCCAGUGAAGAACAGAUCAAAGAGAUGGCCGACAAGUCCGGGCUGCCCCAGAAGGUGAUCAAGCACUGGUUCAGGAACACUCUCUUCAAAGAGCGGCAGCGUAACAAGGACUCACCUUACAACUUCAGCAAUCCCCCCAUCACCAGCCUGGAGGAGCUCAAGAUUGACUCUCGGCCUCCUUCCCCAGAGCCUCAAAAGCAGGAGUACUGGGGAAGCAAGAGAUCAUCAAGAACAAGGUUCACUGACUACCAACUUCGAGUCCUCCAGGACUUCUUUGAUGCCAAUGCUUACCCAAAGGAUGAUGAAUUUGAGCAACUCUCUAACUUACUGAACCUUCCAACCCGAGUCAUUGUGGUGUGGUUCCAGAAUGCCCGACAGAAGGCCAGGAAAAAUUAUGAGAAUCAGGGAGAGGGCAAAGAUGGAGAGCGGCGUGAGCUUACAAAUGACAGGUAUAUUCGAACAAGCAACUUGAACUACCAGUGCAAAAAGUGCAGUCUGGUGUUUCAGCGCAUCUUUGAUCUCAUCAAGCACCAGAAGAAGCUGUGCUAUAAGGAUGAGGAUGAGGAAGGCCAGGAGGACAGCCAGAAUGAGGACUCCCUGGAUGCCAUGGAGAUCCUCACACCAACCAGCUCCUCUUGUAGUACCCCGAUGCCUUCUCAGGCUUACAGUGCCCCAGUACCAUCAGCCAAUCCAGCUCCCUCUGCCUUCCUGCAGCUCACAGCAGAGGCCGACGAGCUGGCCACCUUUAAUUCAAAAACAGAAGCAAGUGAUGAGAAACCAAAGCAAGCCGAACCUCCCAGUGCUCAGCCAAACCAAACCCAAGAAAAGCAAGGACAACCAAAGCUGGAGCUUCAGCCACAAGACCAUCCUGAACAGAAGACAACCGUGCCCCAGCCAAAGCUCCCUCAGCUGGCUGCCCCUCCUUCCUUAGCACAGCCUCCUCCACAGGCACCUCCUCCUCAGUGCCCCUUGCCUCAGUCGAGCCCCAGUCCCUCUCAGCUCUCCCAUCUGCCCCUCAAACCUCUCCACACAUCAACGCCUCAACAACUGGCCAACUUACCUCCUCAGCUCAUCCCCUACCAGUGUGACCAGUGUAAGUUGGCAUUUCCAUCGUUUGAGCACUGGCAAGAGCAUCAGCAGCUUCACUUCUUGAGUGCGCAGAACCAGUUCAUCCACCCACAGUUCCUGGACAGGUCACUGGACAUGCCUUUCAUGCUGUUCGACCCCAGUAACCCCCUCCUGGCCAGCCAGCUGCUCUCUGGAGCCAUACCUCAGAUUCCAGCAAGUUCUGCCACUUCGCCCUCCACACCAACCUCCACGAUGAACACUCUGAAGAGGAAGUUGGAGGAAAAGGCCAGUGCAAGCCCUGGUGAAAAUGACAGCGGCACAGGAGGAGAAGAGCCUCAGAGAGACAAACGUUUGAGGACAACUAUUACACCAGAGCAGCUGGAAAUUCUGUACCAAAAGUAUCUGCUGGACUCCAACCCAACUCGAAAGAUGCUGGAUCACAUUGCGCAUGAGGUGGGUUUGAAGAAACGUGUGGUGCAAGUCUGGUUUCAGAACACUCGAGCUCGGGAGCGGAAAGGACAGUUCCGGGCUGUGGGCCCAGCGCAGGCCCACAGGAGAUGCCCUUUUUGCAGAGCGCUUUUCAAAGCCAAGACUGCCCUCGAGGCUCAUAUCCGGUCUCGUCACUGGCACGAAGCCAAGAGAGCUGGCUAUAACCUAACUCUGUCAGCGAUGCUCUUAGACUGUGAUGGUGGGCUCCAGAUGAAAGGAGAUAUUUUUGAUGGAACUAGCUUUUCCCACCUUCCCCCAAGCAGUAGUGAUGGUCAGGGUGUCCCCUUGUCACCUGUGAGUAAAACCAUGGAGUUGUCUCCCAGAACUCUUCUCAGCCCUUCCUCCAUCAAAGUGGAAGGGAUCGAAGACUUUGAAAGCCCUUCCAUGUCCUCAGUUAAUCUAAACUUUGACCAAACUAAGCUGGACAACGAUGACUGUUCCUCUGUCAACACGGCAAUCACAGACACCACGACAGGAGAUGAGGGCAAUGCGGAUAAUGACAGUGCGACGGGAAUAGCAACUGAAACCAAAUCUUCUGCGCCUAGUGAAGGACUGACCAAAGCAGCCAUGAUGGCAAUGUCUGAGUAUGAAGAUCGGUUGUCAUCCGGCCUGGUCAGCCCAGCCCCAAGCUUUUAUAGCAAGGAAUAUGACAACGAAGGCACAGUGGACUACAGUGAAACCUCAAGUCUUGCAGACCCCUGUUCCCCAAGUCCUGGUGCGAGUGGGUCUGCAGGCAAAUCUGGUGACAGUGGGGAUCGGCCUGGGCAGAAACGUUUUCGCACUCAGAUGACCAAUCUGCAGCUGAAGGUCCUCAAGUCAUGCUUUAAUGACUAUAGGACACCCACUAUGCUAGAGUGUGAGGUCCUGGGCAAUGACAUUGGACUGCCAAAGAGAGUCGUUCAGGUCUGGUUUCAGAAUGCCCGGGCAAAAGAAAAGAAGUCCAAGUUAAGCAUGGCCAAGCAUUUUGGUAUAAACCAAACGAGUUAUGAGGGACCCAAAACAGAGUGCACUUUGUGUGGCAUCAAGUACAGCGCUCGGCUGUCUGUACGUGACCAUAUCUUUUCCCAACAGCAUAUCUCCAAAGUUAAAGACACCAUUGGAAGCCAGUUGGACAAGGAGAAAGAGUACUUUGACCCAGCCACUGUACGUCAGUUGAUGGCUCAACAAGAGCUGGACCGGAUUAAAAAGGCCAAUGAGGUCCUUGGACUGGCAGCUCAGCAGCAGGGGAUGUUUGACAACACCCCUCUGCAGGCUCUGAACCUUCCCGCAGCGUAUCCUGCGCUCCAGGGCAUUCCUCCUGUGUUGCUCCCAGGCCUCAACAGCCCCUCCUUGCCAGGCUUUACUCCAUCCAACACAGCUUUAACGUCUCCUAAACCGAACUUGAUGGGUCUGCCCGGCACAACAGUUCCUUCCCCUGGCCUCCCCACAUCUGGAUUACCAAAUAAGCCGUCCUCAGCGUCACUGAGCUCCCCGACCCCAGCACAAGCCACAAUGGCGUUGGCCCCUCAGCAGCACCCCCAACCCCAGCAGCAGCAGCAGCAGCAGCAGCAGCAGCAACAGCAGCAGCCGCCACCGCCACCACAGGUGCAGCAGCCUCCCCCACCUCCAGCAGCCCAGCCGCCACCCACACCACAGCUUCCACCUCAACAGCCACGCAAAGACAGUGAGAAAGUAAAGGAGAAGGAAAAGGCACACAAAGGAAAAGGUGAACCCCUGCCUGUCCCCAAGAAGGAGAAAGGAGAGGCCCCUACAGCGGCUGCAGCCACCAUCUCAGCCCCACUGCCCUCUAUGGAGUAUGCAGUGGACCCUGCCCAGCUGCAGGCCCUGCAGGCAGCCUUGACUUCAGACCCCACAGCAUUGCUCACGAGCCAGUUCCUUCCUUACUUUGUACCAGGCUUUUCUCCUUACUACGCCCCCCAGAUCCCUGGCGCCCUGCAGAGUGGGUACCUGCAGCCUAUGUAUGGCAUGGAAGGCCUAUUCCCCUACAGCCCUGCACUGUCGCAGGCCCUGAUGGGGCUGUCCCCGGGCUCCCUACUGCAGCAGUACCAGCAAUACCAGCAGAGUCUGCAGGAGGCCAUCCAGCAGCAGCAGCAGCGGCAACUACAGCAGCAGCAGCAGCAGCAGCAGCAGCAGCAGCAGCAGCAGCAGCAGCAGCAGCAGCAGCAGCAGCAGCAGCAGCAACAGCAGCAGCAGCAGCAGCAGCAGCAGCAGCAGCAGCAGCAGCAACAGCAGCAGCAGCAGCAGCAGCGGCAGCCCAAAGCAAGCCAAACCCCAGUCCCCCAGGGGGCUGCUUCCCCAGACAAAGACCCUGCCAAAGAAUCCCCCAAACCAGAAGAGCAGAAAAACGCCCCCCGUGAGGUGUCCCCCCUCCUGCCGAAACCCCCUGAAGAGCCAGAAGCAGAAAGCAAAAGUGCGGACUCCCUCUACGACCCCUUCAUUGUUCCAAAGGUGCAGUACAAGUUGGUCUGCCGCAAGUGCCAGGCGGGCUUCGGCGACGAGGAGGCGGCGAGGAGCCACCUGAAGUCCCUCUGCUUCUUCGGCCAGUCUGUGGCGAACCUGCAAGAGAUGGUGCUUCACGUCCCCACCGGCAGCGGUGGUGGUGGCGGCGGCGGCGGCUCAUACCACUGCCUGGCGUGCGAGAGCGCGCUGUGUGGGGAGGAAGCUCUGAGUCAACAUCUCGAGUCGGCCUUGCACAAACACAGAACAAUCACGAGAGCAGCAAGAAACGCCAAAGAGCACCCUAGUUUAUUACCUCACUCUGCCUGCUUCCCCGAUCCUAGCACCGCAUCUACCUCGCAGUCUGCCGCUCGCUCAAACGACAGUCCCCCUCCCCCGUCGGCCGCCGCCCCCCCCUCGUCCGCUUCCCCCCACGCCUCCAGGAAGUCUUGGCCGCAGGUGGUCUCCCGGGCUUCGGCAGCGAAGCCCCCUUCUUUUCCUCCUCUCUCCUCAUCUUCAACGGUUACCUCAAGUUCAUGCAGCACCUCAGGGGUUCAGCCCUCGAUGCCAACAGACGAGUAUUCGGAGUCGUCUGACACGGAUCUCAGCCAAAAGUCCGACGGACCGGCGAGCCCGGUGGAGGGGUCCAAAGACCCCAGCUGCCCCAAGGACAGUGGUCUGACCAGUGUAGGAACGGACACCUUCAGAUUGUAAGCUUUGAAGAUGAACAGUACAAACAAAUGAAUUUAAAUAAAAAAUUAAUAACAAACCAAUUUCAAAAAUAGACUAACUGCAAUUCCAAAGCUUCUAACCAAAAAAUCAAAAAACAAACAAAAAACAAAAAACAAAAAAAAAAAAAAGAAAAAAAAAAAAAAAAAAAAAAGCGUGGGUUGUUUUCCCAUAUACCUAUCUAUGCCGGUGAUUUUACAUUGUCUUUUUUUUUUUCCUUCUUCUUCUUUUAAUAUUUAAAAAACAAAAACCCUAACCCUGUUACAUUGUGUCCUUUUGAAGGUACUAUUGGUCUGGGAAACACACGUCCACAGGGCCUCCCUAAUGUCUUUGGAGCUUAAACCCCUUGUAUAUUUCCCCCUUUUCAAUAAAUGCCCCACCGUGAUAGCACAGAGGAGCCCGGCAUGCACUGUAUGGGAAAGCAGUCCACCUUGUUACAGUUUUAAAUUUCUUGCUGUCUUAGCAUUCAGAUACCAAUGGCUUGCUAAAAGAAAAAAAAAAAAAAAGAAAUGUAAUGUCUUUUUAUUCUCAGGUCAAUCGCUCACACUUUGUUCUGUUUUCAGAAUCAUUGUUUUAUAUAUAUUAUUUUUUUCAGGUUUUCUUUUUGUUGUUGUUGUUCCAGAAAAGAUUUUUUUUGUUGUUGUUUUAAUUUAAAAAUGGGCAGAAAGUAUUCGAGAAAAACAAUGUGAACUGCUUUAGCUUUCUGGGGAUUUUUAAGGAUAGCUUUUCUGCUGAAGCCAAUUGCAAGGGGAAAAGUUAAAACACUCCCACUUUCAGA